AACGGAGCUUACCACACAAAGAUCGUGGGUGAGUUGGCAGCACAUUUACUUCAAGCUUGCUGGCGAGAUGCAAGGCGCCAAAGAGUGCAUCCGAGGGGCGGUCCUCGUGUCCGUAGCCUUUCUUCUCAUCUUUACGUCGUACAACGCCAUUGAGAACCUCGAAACGUCCAUCAUCCGCGGUGAGUGCCAGGGAUGUCUUUCCGGUUCUCCCACCGGCAUUUGCCAGUCGGGCCAUGUGUGCCAAGACAAGGUCCAAUUUGCAUGCGACGAAGCGUGUGCAGCUCCGUUCCACGAAUGCUCCUCCUCGCUUGGGAGCACGAUCCUUGGCGUGAUUUACCUUACCUUUACUCUAAGUGCCUUCAUGGGCCCCCUUAUCCCCAAUCACUUUGGCAUGAAGAAGAGCAUGUUUGGCAGUGCUUUUGUCUAUGCACUGUUUGCCUUUGCCAACUUGGUUGUGGUAUUGAACCCGACAAACCAAACUCUCCAUUGGAUCGUCAUGCUUCCAGCGGCCUUUUUGGAGGGCGUGGCGGCCUCUGUGCUGUGGAUAGCCCAGGCCACGUAUUUGACACAACUGAGCGUCCUGUACGCAGAAUUCAAGCACGAGCCGGUCGUGAGCUCCAUGGGGUUGUUCAACGGUGUGUUUUACAGCAUUUUCCGCAUGAGUGCCAUCUCGGGCAACUUGAUUUCGUCGCUCGUGUUGGGCUACUUCGUCUGGCCAGCCGAAAGUCUCUUUGUAAUGUACACCGUGAUCGGGUUGUCCGGCGCCGCGUUGAUGCUCAUGCUGCCCUCUACGACCAAAGUAUCUGUCACGAACGACACCGAACUGGCUAAGUUGGUGCAGACGCCAUCGGUGGCCCAAGGGAACGAGCCAUCUCGCCGAGGGUUUACGUUUCAAGGGCUGUGGACGAUGGCCACUGACAAUCGCAUGGUGGUGCUGGCGCCCGUAUUCGUCCUGAACGGGCUGCAGCAAGGCUUUGCCACGGGCGAGUUUACAUCCAACUUCAUUCGCGAAUCGGUGGGUGGCGCAUCCAUUGGGUAUGUCAUGGCCUUGUAUGGCGGGUGCAACGUCGUGUCGUCGUACGGGUUUGGAAAACUCGCAGACAAAUAUGGACCCCUGGGGGGCCAAUUGGUGGGCUUUGGCGCCAUGUUGGUCGCGUUUUCGUUGUGCUAUUGGAUUCCAGUCGAGAAAUGUGACCAGCAGUGGCCACUAGUCGUCGUGAUUGCUGUAUUGCUCAGUCUUGGCGAUGCAUCUUCAACGACGCUUACAAGCGGUGCAACCUCGUCCUUCGACGCUAUCUUGGCUUCUCCAAUCCAUGACGUGGAAAACUCACUUGUGUGUGGUUACUGUCUGUUGUAGUCGUGCUGGGCCAAGAAUUCCCAUCCGAUGCCGUGUCUGUGUUUUCAAUCUUCAAAGUCUAUCAAUCGGGGUCGGCCGCGGCGUCGUACUUUUUCUUCCCAUACAUGACGUAGGGCGACGAUUGAAGAUUGACGGUUAUAUGGUGGUGGUGGUGGUGCUGCUCAUGUUGUUCACGACGACUCGUGGUACUGUAGGUUCUACGCCCGAGUAGCCAUUUUGAUUGGCAUGACUGUGCUGGCCUCAGUGUCGUUUAUGGUUUACUCCAACAAGUUUCGGCGAGUCUGUCGCAACGGAAUGUAACUUGUAGACACCACGAAGCAAAUGGCAGCGACGAGAACGAAAUCCGCCUUGAUCAACAAGUCUAAACUCUUGAUAUUUGCUCUACAUAGUCGUGCA